AUGAUGGUCACGGUCGCUGCCAACAACAAGUUCCAGUUUACGCCUAACUCUAUUGUUGCCCAACCCGGUGACAUGGUCGCUUUCAACUUUGUCAGCCAGAACCACAGUGUCGCCUCUUCUGACGCAAACAGUCCCUGCCAGCCCCAGGCGAACGCCAUCUUCUCCGACUUCCAGCCCAUCCCCGGUAACCCCAACGGCUCUCCAGGUGCAGGUGGCGCUGGCGGCGCAGGUGGUGCUGGCAAUGCCGCUGGUGCUGCCGCUGCCGCUAACGGUAAAGGCAACGGCCGCAACCGCAACAACAACCGCCAAGCUGGAAACACACCCAUGUUCAUGGUCCCCGUCGUCGACAACCAGCCCAUGUACAUCUACUGCUCGCAAGCCCAACAUUGCCAACAAGGCAUGGUCAUGGUCAUCAACCCCCCCAACGCUCAGGCCGUAACUCAGUACCAGAACCUCGCUGCUCAGGCAAACAACAACGUUUCUCCCCAGGGUGGCAUCAGCGGUGGACAGGUCGUCAAUAACCUUGCUGGAACCACGCCCAAGAGCGUCCUCGGUGGUACAGCUGGUGAUGCGGCAACGGCAGCGAAGGCGGCUACAAACGGCAAUGGCAAGGGCAAGGGUGGCGGUGCUGCUGGUGGUGGUCUUGCUGGAUUCCUUGCAGGUCUUGGUAAGAACAACGUCGUCGUUGAGACCAGCUCCAAGAAACUCUUCGGCUUCCCCGGUGCUGGUGCUCUUGGUGGUGCUGGCGCCCUCGGUGGUGGUGGUGCGGCCGCGGCCCUUGCUGGAGCUGGUGGUGCUGGAGGUGCUGGCGCUGCUGCAGGCGGCGGUGGUGCUGGUGCCAUUGCUAAGAGCGGACUCAAGGGUUUCCUUAACGGACUUGCUCAGGGCGCCAACUAA